GCUUUUAAACUGUCCGCCUACGUCCAUCUCUGAAUAAUCCUAUUCCUUAGACAUGAAGACCUUCCUAUUCCUCAGAUAUCAUUCUGACACCUUUAAUGCACCAUUAUGUCCUAAAUAUUCCACUAAAAUUGCACUGUACCUUUAGUAUUAACCUAUUUAAUCUAAAAUAUUUUAUAUAUACACGCAUCUUCAUCACUGCUUAUAUUAUACUUCUAUAUCCUAUUUAUACUCUUUAAAAAUAUAUAUUUUUUAUUGAGUUAAUGAGGGCAAAAAAAAAAAAAAAAUCCCAGACUGUUUUAUUUUCUAUAUUUGAAGCAGGUUAAUAUGUCUAACACAUAAAAAAAAAAUAAUAAUUAUAUAUAUUUGAGGCUAUUUCCGGUUUGGAUGCAUAAUAAUGCACCUUAUAUAUUAUAGGCUUAGAUAUGCGAGUUUAUAAACGCUAGUACGCAUCCUCACUGCAGAUAAACAGUAUUUACUUCAUUAUUUCUUCAUGUCCCAGUAUGCUGGGGUUAAUCUGUAUAAAAAUAUGUGUUUUUAAUGCGUUUUGUUUAGUUCCUCUCAUCAAAACUUUACCGCAUUGCAAAAAAAAAAAAAAAAAAAAAACAACCGGGCUUGUUGAGAAAGCGCAUACUUCCCCACUAAACAGUGUGCGAGAGCAGGACGCCAGUGCAGGCGUGAAUACUACUCUCACAUACUCGCUAGAGCGGUAGUAUGCGGAUUGGAAGGCAGCCAGGACGGUUCCUAAGCAACGGCGUCACUGGAAGGUCACGCGCCGCGAGGCAACGGUUUAAAUCGCGCUUCCGCAUUUAAAAAUAAAUAAAUAUUUUUUGGUUAAAAUAUUUAAUUAUUAUUAUUAUUAUUAUUAUUAUUAUUCAUAAUAAUAAAACUCACAGGUUUAUAUUAACCCGCUCGUCGUAAUACUUCGUAAUCGUUUCCAUAGCAACCGCUCGUUCACAGGGACUUGUACAGCGCAUGCGCCGUGUAACCAACUCUAUUCAUUAAUAAGCAGAUUUUAAAAACAACAACAACGUUUUUUGUUUGUUUGUUUGUUUUGUUUUGUUUUUAGCAAAGAAAACAAGUAUAAUCGUUGAUCUGGUGUCGUUUCCUGUAAGGAGAUGUUUAUUUAAUCAUUUUUUCUAACGGAAGGAGUCUCCAGUGUCAGCUGUAACGUUUAAGGACAGGAUCUUUUUUAAAAAAUUGUUUUUUUUUUCCCAUGCUUUUGUGGUAUUUCGAGAGGGAGAAAAACUGGGAGGACAGGAGCUAACUCGGUCGGACGGUUUCGCGGAACAUCCGUGACGUUAAAUACGACUAUAAACGGAUAAAAAAACGAGUCGUUUGAUUCGUCAAUCGAUGAAAACAUUGUACAAACCGGAUUCCGGUACACUUCUCAAAAAUCUACACUUGGCUGCAGAGUUGGGAAAGACUCUGCUGGAGAGGAACCAUGAUCUGGAGCAGGGCCUUCAGGAGAUGUACUCCACCAAUCAGGAGCAGCUGCAGGAGAUCGAGUACCUGAACAAGCAGGUGGAGCUGCUGAGGCAGAUGAACGAUCAGCACACUAAAAUGUACGAGCAGCUGGACGUGGCGGCGCGAGACCUGGAGACGACCAACCACAGGCUGGUGCUGGACAACCGCGCGGCCCAGGGAAAGAUCCUGAGCCUGACCGAGACGGUCGACGGUCUGCAGUCUCACAUGGAGGGUCUGCAGAAGCAGGUGGAGGAGCUGAAGGCGUCGCAGUCGGAGCGCUCGAGGAGAGAACGCGCCGAAACUCGCCGAGGCCUAUCGGCUCAGAGCGUCUCCUGCGUCUACGACCUGCACCGGGACACGCGUCUGAGCUCAGAGAGCCUCAGUGACGGUCUCUCGUGGUGGGCGCUGGAUGCUGGCCAGGUGGAGGAGGAGAAAUCCACCCUGCAGAGCGCGUUGCGUAGCCUGCACACCCAGCUGGGAACUGAGCGCGAGCGUCGGGAAGCGGCGGAGAAGGUUAUGGAGCUGACCGAGCGAGAAAACCGGGCGCUGGAGGAACGGCUGGCGCAGCUGGAGAGGACACGACGGCACCAAGCCGAACUGGAGGCCGAGGUGGAGGAGCUGCGGCAGCUGUGGCGCUCGGAAACGCCGAGCGUCCGACCUACAGACUCGCUCGUAGCCGACGACGUGGUCUUCCUCGCCGAAGAGGAGAAGGGGGCGGAGUCAGGGGUGGAGGUGGUAGAGGAAGAGGAAGGGUCAGAGCAGGAACUGAGACGCGGGCACGAGCUGACGUGUAUACGCCGCUCGGAGGCAGUGAGGCAGCGCGGCAUCUCUCUGCUGAACGAGGUGGACGCGCAGUACAGCGUCCUGAAGACCAAAUACGAGGAGCUGCUGCUGCGCUGCCAACGCGGAGACCGAGUGCCGGCGCACAAAGCCGUCCAGACGCCCGGCGCAGCCCUCGAAACGCGGUCGACCUCCCUCACGGACGACUCGUACCAGCCCGAGUACAGGGCACUCUUCAAGGAGAUCUUCACAUGUAUCCAGAAGACCAAAGAGGACCUGAGUGAGAACAGGGCCACGCCCAGGGCCACGCCCAGGGCCACACCCAGGCACAAUCAGUGACUCUGGAUGGUUGUUGUUGUUGUUGUUGUUGUUGUUUUCUGGGGGGUUGACCAGCAGUAUUCUCCGUCUGUUUAAAAAAAUUUGUGUUCGUUCAUGUAAAAUGCAUCCUUCAGAGUGUUUAGGUGCUGACCUACCGCAGUGCAUUGUGGGAUAUCAGGUGUGUGUCGGAUAUUCCACCCUAGGCGUUUUAGAAAUGAUUCCCUAAUCAAUACGCUCUAUCGUAAACACGCUGAACAUGACGGUGUCGUAAACACGACCGCGGCCCGACCGAUACAGCAACGUUUUAUCAACAACUCCCAUAACAUCGGCCCACAUAAUUACAUAUUCUUUUAUUUUAUAUAUAUAUAUAUAUAUAUAUAUAUAUAUAUAUAUAUAUAUAUAUAUAUAUAUAUAUAUAUAUAUGAUUACCAGUUAAACUGAAAGUGAAAUUAUUAGUAUUAUUAUUCAUAUUCAUACGUACGGAAAAAAAACAUCCCUUACAGAAAAGUCACGUGAAUUUCACACAUUUUUUCCCCCACACGCGAGCUUUUCUCACGUUCUUUCACGACAUUCCUUUGUUACUUGUUUUUAUUCCCCCAACACUUCCAGCUUUAUUUAUUAAUUCAUUCAUGUAUUAUUUUCACGACGAUUUUCUCCAUCUGGUUUACUUUGUUUUGGUUUUAUUUCUGACACGCGGUCACGUAUCAUUCACGGAACGUCACGUGUUCGCUUGAGUUCACGGUGAAACACGGUGAGACGCGUCCUCGCUUGUCGGGGGGUUGUUUUUUUUUUGGGGAGGGGGAGCCCCCUAGUGGCACGGCACGGCGCUGCGUCCGUCCGUUCCGUAUGAAAGCACCUGUUGAUGAGCGGAACACUGAUUUAGAAGUAAACGUGCGAGAGGUCUUCUUUCAGAACGCUUUUCCGUCCAUACCGAUACCGUAAAGCUCCGUAUCGGGCGAUCCGAUCAUCUCUCGGACGUAUCGGUCGGGCCUCGGGUUUUGAAUCGUCCUGAAACUUACCCAGCUGGAUUUUGUCGCUCCGGCUUCCCUGCUAGACGAAACCUUGGCCAUUCGCGCGUCUAGAAACUCGCAUUGUGCCGUUAUUAAUAAUCAACGAGCGCGCUAGCUUUCUGAAGGCACGCUGUAGCAUGUGUGUCAGAAGAAGGAGAGAAAACGAUUCGGUAACACAUCAGGAGUAAGGGAGGAACUUCACGCUUUCUCCAGUCGGGUUUUGUUUUAUUAACGAGGCGUUCUGUUUUAUUUCUGCGACCCGAAGCUUACCUCACGAGUCCUGCGUACUGACGAACUUCUCGCGCUAACGUGUUUGCGUGAGAUGGUUUCUCACGGCUCGGUGGAACAGCCGCUCUGCACUUUAUUCUAUCUUACGCAUUUCAGGGGUUUUUUGUUUUGUUUUUUUAUUAUUUUUUUUUUAUUAUUGUAUUUAUUGUUUUUAUUUUUCCCCACGAGUGGAUGUAGAUAUAAGAGCUUUAUUUUUUAUUUAUUUUCUUAAUUUUUGUUCAGUCACUGUAUAUUUAUGACGUGGGAAAUGAUUAUUAUUAUUGUUGUUUUUUUUUUGUUGUUGUUUUUUUUUUCCAUUUGUGAACACUGAGUCGAUGUUUUCUUCGUAGAUUUAUAAGAACGCGUAGUUGCCUGAUGGGUAAAUAUUUAUACUGCUUUACAUUUUUGUGCUGAAUACCAGGUUAAAGGAAUUUUUAUUAUUAUUAUUAUUAUUAUUAUUAUUAUUAUUAUUAUUAUUUGCUCCGAAUUUACUCGAGAUGUUUUUGUUGUCUGAUGUUUGCUCGCGUAGUUUUGCACGGGAGCUGCGGAGAUGACCGCUAACAAAAAAACAAAACGCUCGGACCGCCAUCAUCACGAGCGUCAAACACGUUCACACCGAAAUACUCGCGAUGCGUUCAGCGUAGCAGAUUCUGGUGUGGACGGUGGGGAGACGACGUCAUCGCCAGCGCGGUAACAAUAGCGUUUAAUAGAAGGAAAACUUUUUCAAACGCAAGGAAUAACGCUCAGGUUUUGCUGUUAGCUUCUAAAAAUAAAAGUCCCCCACUCACCCCCACCCACCUUUUUCCAAGCAGCUCACGGUCGAAGAAAACGCCGGACCCGGGUCCGAGCGUGGAAAGCCGAUGUUUGAGCGGAUGACGAGGCGAGAGAGAGCGUGGCGGGGUAAAACGCUAAAGCGCCGCUGCACCACGCUGUCUGUCAGCAGGUAGUGGAAUGGCGUCGUGUGUACUGCAGGAAAGCAAAGUGAAAAUUGGGCGAAUUUAAACGGAAAAUCAUUCUUGGACUGAGUUCCUUCAACGGCGAAGAAGCUCAUCGUUCCGCGUCGUCACUUCCUGCUUUCGAACUUCCGGGAGAGCGUGUCCGUGACGCUCCAGCGUCCCGCCGAGGUCCCGCAGCUUCGUGACGAAGAUGUUUACGGAAGAGAGGAAAUAUUUUUGGGUGACUUUAGAGGUUCAUUAGUGACGUUGGAUUAGUCUCGUCGCUCCAGUGCAAAAAAAAAACAAAAAAAAAACUGGAGCAAACGUCAGAGCAAGACUCGCAUUUUAUUUCCUACAGGAAAAAAAGAACUAUAGGUUAAAUAGGUUUUUUUUUUUUCGGCGAGACCGUUCCUUUCCUCUGAGCUUUACUCGGCUGUACGUCGUUCCGAUAUAUAGCGGGACGGCGGAAUGGAAUUCCUGUCUUCAGGAACGAUGUCUUGAUUAUUUGCACGUGCGAACGUUUUCACACGUCCAGCGCGACUGGUGAAAGAGCGACGACGUGAACGGGGCGUUCAAAGGGAAAACGGAGAAACGUUUGAACACGCGGUUGGGACGUGACGGUGGAGGGUUUUGCACGUUGCGGGUGAAGCGGGGGUCGUGUCGGGUGAUUGCGUGGAGAAGGAGAGAGGAGAGCGUGUGAUUGGAUGAUUGGAUGUGGAUACGAAGGAAGACGAGUGGAAAACGUACAGCGGCGUGUAGCAUCUGUCGUCUUUGAUGUGUUUUUUUUUACAGAUCUUAAAUAUCUCGGGUGCGUGCGUUUACUCCAUUUCCAGAUCAUAACAAGGACAGUUUUAUUUGAUUUUGUGAAAUUUGAAUGUUCAAAUAUUUGUACCCCCCAGGGAUAAACACUAAGUUUAAAAAUACCACUUUCCGAAGCAAAUUAACGUUUUUAUGACGUUUUAUUUGAUCCGAGGUGCCAAUUAUUGUUAACAAAGGCUAAUUUUUCCAUUUUUACGUGCGUUUUUUUUUUUUUUCUUUUUUUUCCUCCAGAUGUGCGGCAAGCCACAGAAACAAAACGGAGAGGGGCGGACCCCGACACCGCGAGUCCCGCCUUUUCGUUUUCUGUUGGCUGACGAGACGGAGGCUCGUGACGUCACAGGUCAGAGGUCACCGAGAUAACGUCGACGGCACAGCAGUUAAACACGUGCCCUUUCCCCUUCGGUGAAUUUCUCUUUAACUUUAGCUGAAAAAGCAGAAUAGUCGAUCGCCGUAGCAACGGGUCAAAAACGGUCAAAUUCUAUGACCACGCCAUAAACGUCGGCACCUCUGCAUCGAUCCAGAUGUACGUUUAUGUUAAAUUUGUCGUAGCGGUAAGUCUCAGUACGAACGUGUAGGACGUUUUCUCAGGAAAACAUUUAACAUUGUCUAGACCGCAAUCGAUGCAUCGUCGCGGUGAAACGACGUUUUGGUCAUUUUGUCAUCUCAGAAAACAUUGUAAAAAAAAAAUGAAAAUAAGAAAUCCCAGGAUCUCGGAAACCAAGUAAAAAAAAUAAAAUAAAAAAAAUUUAAAAAGCUAUAGAAGGAAAAUGGUGUCAAUCAAAAAUAUAUAAAAAAUAAAUAUUAUAUCCGCGCUUCCUUAGGUCACAAGUACAGCAUGAAUUUUAUUUAACGCCUUUAAAUGUGAAUAGUUUCAUCGUAAAUAUCCUACUAGAGAUCCGUCUAUACGAAGUCGUCGUAGACUAUAAUAAGGUCAUAUAAGGUUAUUAAAGGUCAACCUGUAGUAUUUAGGCAUUACGGAUUAGCCGGAUUGUGUCGGACGGCUCAUGCGCAUAUUUAAAUUAGCGAGUGAGAUGGAUGUUGUAAUAUAGAUUAACUAUCCGGACGAGUAGAUGAGCUUUAUUCCUGCAUUAGGUGCACGUGUGUGGAGAUCGGAGUCUUCCUUCCAGUCGGUCCAGUUUAAAGGUGCUAAGAACUUUUUGAUAUACGCUGACGCUAUUAGGGAAAAAUUCAACGACGGAAGGAAGAGGGGAGAAAAAAAAAAAGCUAGCGUUGUGCUUUAACUCGGAAUGCUAACUUCCUUUAAGCGUGAAGGGAAAAAAAAAAUACAAAACGUUGCUUAAAUUGAAUGUAAACACACACACACACACACACACACGCACUUCCAGGAGUCCAUCCAUUUUAGUUUUCUGACUCGGUCAUGUCAGUGUUGUACUUAACGUGUCGGACGUUUUCUUACCAUCGUCGAUGAAAUGCUUCUAAAAUCUAAUAUGCAUAACCUGUAACAUGGUGCUGAACUUUGUAGACUUUGUCGCUAAACGCCAUAGGAAUGCCUUGUUGUUGGGAAAAGUAACAGUGGCGUGAACGCCGGCUAACGCUCGGCCAGGCCUCAAAGCGGCCGAUUAAAGAAAGAUUUGCAAUCGAA